CGUGACGGCUUCCGUGUUGACCCCACGUUUUCUACUCAUGUGAGAUACGCUUAUCCGCUGCUAAUAAUACGGAUUAUAUAGUAAAUAUGAGGCCGCUGACAGAAGAAGAGACCAAAACGAUGUUUGAGAAAUUAUCAAAAUACAUUGGUGAAAACAUAAAACUUCUAGUGGACCGACCAGACGGUGUUUACUGUUUUAGGCUGCACCAUGACAGAGUCUACUAUAUGAGUGAGAAAAUCCUAAAGCUGGGCACCAACUUUUCCCGGGACAAACUCAUAUCAGUGGGUACGUGUUUUGGGAAGUUUACAAAGACCAAGAAGUUCCGUCUGCACAUCACAGCCCUGGAUUUCCUCGCUCCAUAUGCAAAGUUUAAGGUGUGGGUGAAACCUGGAGCCGAGCAGUCUUUCCUGUAUGGGAACCACGUGCUAAAAUCUGGCCUUGGUAGAAUCACUGAAAACACUAUGCAGUAUCAAGGAGUUGUGGUUUACUCCAUGGCAGAUGUACCCCUGGGUUUUGGUGUGGCGGCAAAGUCUACGCAGGAGUGUCGUCGAGUGGACCCCAUGUCCAUUGUUGUGUUCCACCAGGCUGAUGUGGGAGAGUUCAUAAGGAAUGAGGACACAUUAACAUAAAGAUGCAGAAACAAGUGGACAGUUAAACAUUUUAUUUUCAACCGUAAGAUUUACUGAAUUCACACAGCUUCAUAAUUUACCUGCUUGGUUUGAAUAAAACAUUUUAUGUUGACGA